AUGUGCACGUACGUCGUCAGCGUCUUACUGCCAAUGCUCAGCCCCAUAGUCUGGACCAGAAUGAGCUUAUUCGUGUUUAUGCGCACUCCUCCUCGCGAUUCUGAGCUAUGCAGAUCGUAUGGAUUUGUAUAUCGAGGCUUGUUUUUGGCUAUUGUGAGUCUACUUCACCAUCACUCUUUUUCUUUCACUCUUGGCCAACAGAUCAUAUCGAUUCAUUCAGAACUCGUAAACCAGCCUCGAGUCUGCCAUUCUCCAUCAUAUACGCAUUGUGCCGGUCAAUUCUGCCGCCGUCAAAUCCUCAAGGAUAUCUGCCUGCCAGGCAGUCUCGAUAAGUCUGGCUGUCGAGAAGCAAGUCGUAAAGCCCCGACCUUUACAAUGAGUCGCCGCGAUCCCGAUCUGCCAGCUGACAUCGAGGUGAUCCAAGCCGACAUGCCGCUAGAGCUAAAGCAGAAGAUCAUUAACUUUGUUCGUCCUCCCCUCGAGGAACUCCGCCAACAGGGUAGCACAGCCAACCUACGCUUUGAGCCGAUCACACAAGAACUAAAACGGCAUCUGGACACUACAGAUGGUCCACUUUGGCAUGUCGUCAUUUUAGUUGGCCAAUUCACUACUCACUUCUCCUAUUCUCCAGGUUGUCUCUUCCACUUCAAGUUGGGCCGAUUCAUUGUACUCGCUUGGAAGACGCCACAUCUGUAG